AUGGGAUUUGAAAGUAUAUGUCAGAUAUUGAUAGAAAAUGAUGCAAUUGUUAAUCAAGGAAAUAUUCAAAUUAAACUUUUAUGUUAUGAUUCAAAUGGCUUUCAAAAUGAUAUUUCUGUAAAUAUAUAUAACAAUGAAGGAAUGACACCGCUGCAUAUUGCAUGUAAUUCUGGAAAUGCAGAUAUGGUCGAGCUUUUGCUGAAGCUUAAAGCAAAUAUUGACCUUAGAAAUAACAAAGGCGAAACGUGUCUAUUGAUGCGUCACAACGCAAAAGACUAUAGAAUACCAGAAAGAGAAGACGAACUUCAUAAGGCCUGUAGAGAAGGAAACGAAAAAAAAGUUGUCAGUAUAUUAGAAAAAACAUUAGACUCCGAUUAUAUUAACAAAGAUGAUAUACAUGGAUGGACUCCACUACACAUAUAA